CACGUGUUCUGUACCUUCAGUGAGACUUAAGCUAUUGUUCGUUGUUCGUUGAAAAAAAUUAAUUUGUUUAUAUUUAAAUUUUAUCAAUUGUUUUAACUAAAAUAUUAAAGAUUUAUUAUAAUUUUUAUAAACUAUCAAAGAUCUUUGACAUGAUGUUAGGUGUUUCUUGUACUAGCAUUGGAGUAGCGCUUGUUCUACUAUUGGUAAUGAUAUGCACCCUAAAUGAGAGCUUUAGAUACAGAGCGAAAUUUUUAAUUUUUGGAUUAGAAUCUCUAUUCUUCACAAUCAUUUGUUUACCAUUUAUGUUCUUCAAUAUCAGAUCUUGGAAGAAUGCGUUAGUACCUGCUUGGCUUUUGAGUAAAUCAACUAAUAAAGUAUUAGGAAUUAAAUUCGAGGUACAUGGAAAAGAAAAUAUUAUUCAUGAUUCUGGUUGUAUUGUUUUGAUAAAUCAUCAGAGUAUGUUGGAUUUGGGAGUAUUGGCACAAUUGUGGCUAGUUAUGGAGAGAUGCACCGUUAUAUCUAAGAAGGAGAUUUUAUAUUUUGGACCAUUCGGUCUUGCUGCUUGGCUAUGGGGUACAAUCUUUAUCGAUAGACGAAAUGUUGAAGAAUCUCGUAAGGUUGUGAAUUCAACGUGUGAAUAUAUACGAGAAUCUAAAAUGAAAGUUUUAUUCUUCCCAGAAGGAAAACGACAUAGCAAUAAUACAUUGUUACCUUUCAAAAAAGGACCUUUCCAUUUAGCUAUAACAUCGCAAGUGCCGAUUCUACCAGUUAUCGUAUCGAAAUAUUUCUUCUUAAAUAGUAAAUCAAAGAGAUUUGGUUCUGGUACUAGCUAUAUUACAAUUUUACCUCCAAUUCCUACGAAAGGCUUGACCAAAGACAAUAUGCAGGAGUUGAUGGAUAAAUCGUAUGAAUCUAUGAAUACGGUAUUUGUACAAACAUCACAAGAAACUCUUACAAAACACAUGGAAAGUUUAAAAAAUGAUUAACAUCUAUUUAUGAUUUUCUAUACGUUAUAUGUACAUAUGCAGUCGAUUGCAUAACAGGAACACAUCUAAAGGUUCUUCGAUAUAUUAAUUCUUAAGUUAAUAAUCUCUUCUAAUUGCGUAAAAGAAAUAAUAGAAUUAAUUAUGAACAAAUCUACUAUCGAACAAUGUACCUGCACAAGAGA